UCCAGGGUGGCCGCGGCGCGGCGCAGGGACCCGCGCGGCUCCUCCUCGGCGCCCCCUCCCCCUGCCGUCACCUUCCUCUCCCGCUCCUCCUCCUUCUCCACGGGGAUAGAGGCAAGCCUGGAUCUCUUAGCAGCCGCCGUUCCUCCUCCUGGCAGGCUAACGAGUCAGCUGACGCCGGCGCUCCAGCCUCGCCUCCUCGCGCCGCGCGCUCUGCGCUCCCUGUAGUGGCUGCAAACCGGCUGCCCACUUCCAGGAUUUGGGGAGCAGAGAAAGUGAUGUGCGCCUUAUAAAGCCUCAGCGAGCCGCAGCCGAAGCAGCUUCACCUGCUCAACUUUCUCCCCAACCCCCUUCCUUCUGUUGACCCUGCCCUCAACCCUCCCUAAAGCCACCUAGGGUGCGUGUGCCUGAGUACUGGCUGUCUGGGAUGGCUUCCAAUUUUAAUGACAUAGUGAAGCAAGGGUACGUGAGGAUUCGGAGCAGGCGCCUAGGGAUUUAUCAGAGAUGCUGGUUGGUGUUCAAGAAAGCUUCGAGCAAGGGCCCCAAAAGGCUGGAGAAAUUUUCUGAUGAACGUGCUGCAUAUUUUAGGUGUUAUCAUAAGGUUACGGAACUCAACAAUGUGAAGAAUGUAGCUCGGCUGCCGAAGAGCACAAAGAAACAUGCCAUCGGCAUUUACUUCGAUGAUGACACCUCCAAGACCUUCGCUUGCGACUCAGAUCUUGAGGCCGAUGAGUGGUGCAAGGUCCUCCAGAUGGAGUGUGUAGGGACACGAAUCAAUGACAUUAGCCUCGGGGAGCCCGACUUACUGGCUACUGGAGUUGAACGAGAACAGAGUGAGAGAUUCAAUGUGUAUUUGAUGCCAUCUCCUAACUUAGAUGUACAUGGCGAAUGUGCCUUGCAGAUAACAUAUGAGUAUAUCUGUCUUUGGGACAUCCAGAAUCCCAGAGUCAAACUGGUCUCUUGGCCACUGAGCGCCCUGCGCCGAUAUGGACGCGAUACCACGUGGUUCACUUUUGAGGCGGGGAGGAUGUGUGAGACUGGCGAAGGGCUGUUUAUCUUUCAGACGCGAGACGGGGAGGCCAUCUAUCAGAAAGUCCACUCUGCUGCCCUGGCUAUCGCCGAGCAGCAUGAGCGCUUGCUACAGAGCGUGAAAAAUUCAAUGCUGCAGAUGAAGAUGAGUGAGCGAGCCGCCUCACUGAGCACCAUGGUGCCCCUGCCCCGCAGUGCCUACUGGCAGCACAUCACGCGGCAGCACAGCACUGGACAGCUCUACCACCUGCAGGGUGUCAGCAGCCCCCUGAAGCUACACAGAACAGAAACUUUCCCCGCCUACCGAUCUGAGGACUGACAGCGCCGAGGAGCGCCAGGGCACUCGGGUGCAUCAGCUAGUGCGGAGGUCACGGAGCGACAACAAGAGAAGCCACGACCGAGGGAAGCAGCCUCAAGUCCUGGCUAAUUGUGUGGUCAUCGGGAAACUGCAAUA